CAAGAAAACUCCAUGGACAAAGACAACAGGCAUAUAAAAGUUAUGACGCUGGAAGAUGAGCCCCUCAGGUCGGAAGGCGUCCAACAUGCUACUGGGGAAGAGCGGAGGGCAAGUACAAGUAGAUCCAGAGCUGAUGAAGCGGCUGGGCCAAAGCCGAAAGGACGCUCAGUUGCGGAUAUGCCUGGAAGCGAAAGGAAAGUCCAAUGCUGUAAAGAAAAAUAUUGCAUAGGAACCUGGAAUGUAAGAACCAUGAACCUGGGUAAGUUGGAGGUGGUCAAAAAUGAGAUGGCAAGAAUAAAUAUUGACAUCCUGGGCAUCAGUGAACUAAAAUGGACGGGAAUGGGCGAAUUCAGUUCAGAUGACCAUCACAUCUACUACUGUGGGCGAGAAACCCGUAAAAGAAAUGGAGUGGCCCUCAUAGUCAACAAAAGAGUGGCGAAAGCUGUACUGGGAUGCAAUCUCAAAAAUGAUAGAAUGAUCUCGAUACAAAUCCAAGGCAGACCUUUUAACAUCACAGUAAUCCAAGUUUAUGCACCAACCACUGGUGCUGAAGAAACUGAAAUUGACCAAUUCUAUGAAGACUUACAAGACCUUAUAGAAGUGACACCAAAGAAGGAUGUUCUUCUCAUUAUAGGGGAUUGGAAUGCUAAAGUAGGGAGUCAAGAGAUAAAAGGAACAACUGGCAAGUUUGGCCUUGGAGAUCAAAACGAAGCAGGGCAAAGGCUAAUAGAGUUCUGUCAAGAGAACAAGCUGGUCAUCACAAACACGCUUUUCCAACAACACAAGAGAUGACUCUACACAUGGACAUCACCAGGUGGGCAGCAUCGAAAUCAGAUUGAUUAUAUUCUCUGCAGCCAAAGAUGGAGAAGCUCUAUACAAUCAGCAAAAACAAGACCUGGAGCUGACUGUGGCUCAGAUCAUCAGCUUCUUAUAGCAAAAUUCAAGCUUAAACUGAAGAAAGUAGGAAAAACCACUGGGCCGGUAAGAUACAAUCUAAGUCAAAUCCCUUAG